GUCUUUGAAGUCUCUUAUGUUUCGUUUUCCCUGAAAAUACUGCCUAGAAAAAACAACUACACUGCCACUUAGUGGUAGGGUAAGUUUUCCUGUAGAAUGAGUGUCUUUUCUUUGCUUUUGACUGUGAGAAAAGAGUAAUUCACAUGUUCUGUUCUCCAACAAUGCUGUUUUAGGUUAGGAAAAACAUAUUCCUAUGUAGUCAAAAUAGAAAUGCCUUGAAGAAAAAAAAAAUAGAAAGCUAAAUCAAUAUAAAGGCUCCAAAAAAACAGCUCAAAUAAAGUGAUAAUAAUCUAAAAUAAAACUUAUUUUCUUUAAUGAAAAUGUAUGGAUCCAGUCAGGAAGUAACUAUUUAUUCUCCUUUUCAUGUAUAAUAAACUUCAAGGGUUUUACAGGGAAUGUGAAAACAAGGAAAAAGCGUGCAAAAAUCUUGUAGUAUUUAUGAUACUAAAGCAACUAUCUCUUAUGUAUGGUAUAUACAUCUCACAUUCACUAAAUUCUUUUCGGCCCUCAGCAUUAAAUUAUUUGUUAUAUUUGCAGUGGACAGAAGAUGAGAAGCAAAAGUCCCAUUUUUAGUUUUGAUAUCCUUCCGAAUUUAAAGGUGAGAGAACUCACAGUUCAGUCCUCCAAACCUCAGACUAAUACCGCUUUGCCCCAGGUCAGCUCAGUGAGCUCCUAUGGGGCCAGAGGACAAAGUUCCCUACUGUCGGAGAAUUGCUGUAGGUGUUACUAAACUAAGCUGGUUUUACAGGAAUACAACGUAGAAAGAAACUCUGACAUUACAGCAGGAAUGACAAUCAGUCAGCGGUCGAGUGGAGGAGCAUGCAGUGUGAUUAACAGAACAAGAAGAUAUGAGGGGACAACUCGUACGACAUUUGCCUUCGCUUGUUUUGGGCAUCCUGCUGACUUAUUUAAUCUGCACAACAUUCGACAGCAAUGACUGGAAUCUUCUUAACGGACAGCUUCCGUCAUUCCUUGUACAGAGCAAAACCACAAAUUUGUAUAAGUGGGACAGGUUUAAAAGUAACAAAGUAUUGAAGGUUUGCUCUCCAGCGUGGAAAGAAAGAAUUCAAAAUAUCUACAAUAAGAAACCUGAGCCACGGCCUCCUAAGUCCUCUAAUUCUUGCAAAGACUGCAGGAAGACAAUAGAUGAAAUUCUGAAGAAUUACUCUAAACCCUGGGUUAAAAAUGAAAGCAGGCACGAGGCAAUCAGGACUCAGCUUAGCCUCAAGUGCAAUGGCUUUGAGAAUGCCAUCAUGACCCAGAAAAACACUCCACUGGGAGCAACAGUUGUCUAUGAUUCCCAGAAGACGAAAUCAGUUACAGUGAACUCAGAGCAUUUUAAUAGAUUUGCCAAAACAUACCCGGCCUUAAAUAAAAGACGGCAUACAUGUGCUGUCAUUGGGAAUGGAGGCAUCUUGGCAAACAGCAGCUGUGGAAAAAUGAUUGAUUCAGCUCAGUUUGUGAUCAGGUGUAACUUAGCACCUUUGUUAAAUGGAUACGAGAAACAUGUCGGUGUUAAAACGGAUAUUGUGACGGCAAACCCCAGUAUCAUUUCCCAUUGGCAUGACUCUCUUUUAAGAAGUCGGCGUGUCUUUGUUGAGAGACUGUGCCAGUAUGGCAACUCCAAGUUGUUCCUUCCUGCAUUCUCCUAUGUUGGUCACACAGAAUUGUGUAUGCGGGCCUUCUAUACCAUUGAGGACUUUGAAUUGCCCAUCCAGCCUGUUUUCUUUAAUCCAAACUACAUUGAUAGUCUAAAUGUGUUUUGGAAAUCUUUUAAAUUGAAGGAACAACGUAUCACCACUGGUCUCAUUAUGACAAGCCUGGCACUGGAGCUAUGUGACAAUGUUCAUCUGUAUGGAUUCUGGCCCUAUAGUGUUCAUCCCCACAGCUUCCAAGAUCUGACUGCGCACUAUUAUGACGAUUUGAAACCUACAAAUAAGCACCUUAUUCCAGAAGAGUUUAAGCUUUUAUUGCAGUUGCACAGCCAAGGUGUACUAAAACUUCACCUUGGGGAGUGCAAGCCAAACAAAUAAAUUAUUUAGGCAACUCCGGUCUGGAAAAGACUUUAAUUCAAGAAUACAUUAUAUUAUUAGGGUUUCAGGUCUAUGCUUCUCAUUACACCAUGUCCAUGUUUCUUAACCACAAUUACUAUUUCACCAGAAUCAGAAUUACUUUAUAAUCCCUUGGGAAAUUCUUUACGAUAUCACCGGGAGCCGAACAGCAAAAACUUGAACUAUCCUCAUGAUAAAGUAAAGUUUUAGUUGAAUAAAUACCAUAAGAUAAAAGUUUAAAAGCACAUGAAUGUAAUAAAAGUAAAAUGUCUACAACACAAUUUUACCCAUGUGCAUUUAUAACCAAAAGUUAUUAUUUUAUGCACAUCAUUUUUGCAUUUUGUGGCCACUCUAAGUCUGUUUUUCCUGUAUUUAUAUCAGUUUCUGGUCUAUAUACAAAAAAACCCCCAGAUGUCUUCAAGUAGAAAAGAAGGAGAAAAAACAGAGCAGUCUGCAGAACAGCAGGUAAACUCUUCAAAAUGGUCAUCAAGAUCUCUGGUCAAAACCAUCUGUGCCUCUUAACAUAUUUAGUUGAUUGUUGUAUACAUGUACAGUUAUGUAUGGGAUAUUAUACUGAAGGCCUGCUUCCCUCUGAAAAAA